GCUGAGCCGAGCCGAGCCGAGCCGAGCCGGGCUGGACCGGGCCAGGCCGGGCCGGGCCGCCGCGAUGGCGCAGCACGGGCCGAGCGUCACGCUGUCCCUCACGCUGCCCAUCACCUGCCACAUCUGCCUGGGCAAGGUCCGUCACCCAGUUAUCUGUGUGAACAACCAUGUCUUCUGUUCCAUUUGUAUUGAAGUGUGGCUGAAGAAUAAUAAUCAGUGCCCAGCCUGCAGGAUUCCCAUCACACCCGACAACCCCUGCAAGGAAAUUAUAGGAGGAACAAGUGAAAGUGAUCCUAUAUUUAGUCCGGCAGUGAGGAAACACCUACGUAAAACAAGGCUUGAAUUGCUCCACAAAGAAUAUGAGGAUGAAAUAGAAUCCCUGCAAAAAGAAGUAGAAGAUCUGAGAGGUAAAAAUCUCAGCUUACAGACACAGCUGAAAUCUCUUCUGGAUCCUACAGCAUCAGCUCUGUCUUGCCAAAAUGAGGAAACUAACCAGUCAGCAAAUGAAGCAAGUACCAGUGGCCCAGAAACAGCAGAGGAAUGGAGCAAAAAGCUGAAAGCUGCCAAUGAUAUGUAUGAAAAACUGAUGGAUAAUGUGGAAAAGCUAAAGGAGGCAAAUAAGAAACUGAGCAUGGAAAACAAUAACCUUUUAAGAGAGAAUUUGCGACUAAAGGCUGAAGUUGAUAGUAGAUCACCCCAAAAGUUUGGUAGGUUUACAGUAGCUGCACUUCAGUCCAAAGUGGAACAAAGUGAACGUGAAAUGAACCGUCUGAAAAAGGCACUGGAAAGAAGUGAUAAAUACAUAGAAGAAAUGGAGUGUCAGCUUUUACAGCUGAAAAAUGCAGGCAAAGGAAGCCAGACAGUGAGUGCUGUUAGUGAGAGAGCACUUUCCACAGAUACUGAAGGAGGUGAGAGCAGUGAAGAUGCAACUUGUUUGAAAACCCCAGUUGAGGAGAAAAAAGCUUUGACUACCAGUCAAAGUCCUGACAGUCUUGAACAGCUGGCAAGUCGUGGAACUUGUUUGAGCUCUUCUAGUCAAGAUAGUUUGAAUAGCUCAAAUACCCAGCGUGCCACAGAGAAAGAACUAUUUCCAAGAUGUCAUAGGGUUGUCCUGGAUGAAAAUAGUACAAAUAUGGAUGCCUGCUUAGAAGAGCAGUGGAAUAAAAUUGGGGAAUGUACCCCAUAUAAGGAUGAAGAACUUUAUGAUCUUCCACCACCAUGUACACCUUUUCUGUCUCUCAGUCGCCUUCAGUUGAACACUCCUGAUGGAAAAGAAAAUGCAAAGAAACCAUCAACAUUCCUGAGAAAACUGAAAUUUGAAGAGUUUCAUGGCACUUCAGAUGGUGGCAGCAAAGCUUCUCCUGAACGCAGCACAAGCAGCUGUAAUAGUCAAAAGAAGCUAAACUGUUUUACUACAGGAAAAUCAGGGGUUUGGGGCACCUGCCCAACAAAUUUUGCUGAAAACUUAGAUUUUGAGGAAUCAGAGCAAAAUUCAGUGGCUGAUCAGUCAGAUGAGACAACAGCGAAGUCUGGUGAUAAAACGAGUUCUUGCUUACCUAAAAGGCUACAUACUCUCUGCUCUUCGGAAAUGAAUCGCACAAGAACCUCCAGUGAGGCAUCUAUGGAUGCUGCCUACCUCGAUAAAAUUUCUGAGUUGGACUCAAUGAUGUCUGAGUCAGACAACAGCAAGAGUCCAUGCUAUAAUUUCAAGUCCUCUGAUCUUGAUAAUUCUUCAAGGUCAACAGAGUGCCCUAAGGUUCUGAAUGGAACUGAGAAGAAACUGGAAGAAAUGAAUGAGGAACAGACAAUGAAGUGUCCAGAGACAAGUGAUCUAGCAGCUGAUAGAACUGGCUGGAAACCUGCUAUGUUUUCCAACCUCUCCCCAUCUGACCUCGAUAUGAAUGACCCCUUUCCGCUGUUUACAAGCCAAAAUGCAGUGGCUAGCGGUAGCAAACCUCCGAACUCUUUAUUUCAAAGGGAGUUUUCCCCAACUAUACUGUUCAGUAACUCACAAAGGUUGUUUGAGGAACAAAAGGUUGGUUCCUGUUUUUUGAAGAUGUCAUCUGAUCUGCACAGUCAGCUUAGUCCUCCUUGGGUGUCUUCCUUUACAGCUGAAAGGAAAAAUAAAAAUGUCAGUCAGUCAACCAAGAGGAAAAUUCAAAACAGCCUUUCCAGUGCUAGUCCAUCAAAAACCACCAAAAACUGACUCUUCUUGGAAAUCAAACGUGAUUUAAAGUGAUAAACCUGCAAAUGUUUAAUAUUUACAAGUGAACUGAAUUUUUAAUAACUUCAUGCAAUCUGAUCCUGUCAUUCUCAGCUAUGUGAAAACUGAACAUUCCCUUGCCCAUUGCAAGCUCUUUCCUAGGGAAGAACCAUUCCAGAUUCUUUUCUUUGACUGGGCAUUUUAUGUACUUGGAAGUUUGGGGGGUUUGGGUGUUCUUUUGUUUUCAGAUUACAUGCUCUUCCAGUUGUGAGCACAGCUAAUGGCUCCCUUGAACAGGAAGUUCUAAGUGGACUUACCAAAUCAGUCAUUCCUGUGAGAAUUAGUUUUAAAGGUUACGUUUCCUGUUCCUAAAGAUUGUGGGUUUUUGCAUGUAAGGCAGCUACUGGCUGUAUAUCCUAUGGAUUCAUGAAGUUGCUAUAAAACAACGUCAGUUUUGCCAUAAAACUUUCCUCCCAGAGGAAAUGUUGCUGCUCAAACUGUUUCAUAGCACUGUACUGUACUGAAGCUCUUGUUUUAGGUGGGUAUAAGAGAGCAGCCUUUCUUUUUAGGGUUACAGCACUUCAGUUAGAAAACAUCUCUUCUUUAACACUGCAAUCAUGGUUUGUCUUUUUUUGAAGUUAAGCACAAUUUUUAAUUUAGUUCCCAAAAAGCAUUGUUAUUCUAAGUGUGUUUAGUAUGCCUGUAUAGACCAUAAAAAUGGGUUUGUAUGCUAAUGACUUGUUUACCUAAUGUGCACUGAACAUCUUACAUUAAUACUGUACCAUUUCACAUUAAUACUGCAUGCUUUUCUAUGUGAAUUGAAUAAAACAUGUUAUAAGCACUGUAAUCCUUGAUGUUGCCUCAAAUAUUGAAUUAAAAAAAAAAAGAAAAAAAAAAAGGGGGAAACUUUUUUUUCCCCUAAUUUGGAAAAUAAGUAUCUUAAGUUUUGUAAAGCAUGAAUGUGAGCUUAUUCAUAAAAAAAAAUAAAUCUCCCCUCCUCCUCCUUGUUAGACAUACUACCAUUCUAGUGUCAGCAUCGAUACAGUUGAUGGAAAUGGCUUUCGGCCUCUCUGGAGGUGACUUUUCCAUAAAGUAUUGCAUAGGUCAACAUAAUGUGAUGGCCUGCCACAGGCAGGAGACCUAAUUAAGCAGCAGAGCAAAAUUGGUUUCUUUGCAUUAUUGUGGGUUUUUUUAAGGGCGUAUUUAAUUACAAGAUGCAGGUUUUUUCUUUCUGUAUAGGCCUCUGAUGGCAUUUCUUGGAAACAGGCGUCCUCACUUCAUCAAUACCUGUGAUAUGAAAAAUCCAUACACUGCCCUUUGUCCCUUCGGAAAGAGUGAUAGCCACUUGGAAACUUUCAGUAGACUGGCUUAUCUUUUGUAGAGUUAAGUCCUGAAAGACUACAAGAACAACAACUACAUUUCACAUUGUAAUGUGAACAUGAAUUUGUGUAAUUGUGUUCGUUCUAAACUGGGAUUUUUCUUUUUUGAGCUUUACCAAAAAAUCAUUGUUCAAGCCAUACAUGCAAGGACUCUUUCCUGAUGACAGGCAGGAUGGCAUUGUGCUUUCAUAUGUGGCUUUCAGUAUACCACUUGAAUUCUAAUCUUCACAAAAAAAUCUAUUUGUUCAAUUUUAAUGUAUUUUUUCAAAAAUUAGGGAGUUCUCAAAACCAUCUGGACAUGAGCUGUUACUUGAUUUGGCUAGUUUUACUAAUAAAUCAAAAAAUACUGCCACAAACACUUUCUUAAAACAUCCUUGUGUUACAGAACAAUCACAAAUACACAGUUAAUAAGUGCUAUGGGUUGUGGGUUUGUUUAAUUGUGGCAUUGGGGUGAGUGAGGGGGUGUGUUCAUGGUCUUCAUUUUAGACUCUGUUUUUUCAUUUUUCCCUUUCAGUUAUGGAAACAUUAAUACAACUGGUGUCAUGCCUGAAAUCAAACUAAAAUAAAAGAAAACAGUGGAGUUA